AUGUCUUCCUCCAACCAUGAUGAGCAUGGCAUUGACGAGCGGACGUUGCUCAUACUCUAUGCUACCGAGACGGGAACCGCUCAAGAUGUCGCGGACAGGAUCGCGCGGGAGUGUCGUCGGAUCCACUUCCAGUGUAGGGUGAAGAGCAUGGACGAGUAUCCAGCUUCCGAACUAAUCAAUGAGCACUUCGUCGUUUUCGUCGUAUCUACAACUGGCUCUGGCGCGGAGCCCCGGACCAUGACCGCCCUUUGGGCUACACUCCUUCGCGCCGACCUUCCGUCCGAUCUAUUCGAGGACAUGGACUUCGCCGUUUUCGGACUUGGAGACACAGCGUACGAGAAGUUCUGUUGGCCUGCCAAGAAGCUGUCGCGUCGACUGGAGAGCCUCGGGGGACGCGAGGUGUGUGCGCGAGGGGAAGGAGACGAGCAGCAUAUGCUUGGUAUUGAUGGCGCGCUAGAUCCAUGGAUUGAGGCGCUGCUCGAUACCUUGCUUCAUCUAUACCCACUUCCAGCUGGUUCAGACAAGCUUCCCUCGAGUAGCAAGCCCCUCCCGCGUGUCUCCGUGACGGAUAUAUCGCCCCAAACAUCUGUUGAUGAGCCGGAUCCUGUUGAUGUGGACGGCCGUUAUCAUGAUGCAGCACUGACACGGAAUGAGCGGAUGACUUCGGACGACUGGUGGCAGGACGUGCGACACUUCGAGUUUUCGUUCAAGGACGACAUACAUUAUCGGCCAGGCGACGUUGCUGUCAUCCAUCCUGUCGCCGAAGAGUCCGAGGUAGAGUUAUUUCUCGUCACCAUGGGCUGGGCAAGCAUCGCAGACGAGCUCUUCACAAUCAGGCAAGUCGCAUCAGAUCAAACUUUCCCCGAUUAUGUCCCAGAAGUCACCUCUCUGCGUACCCUAUUCACGCGAUACUUGGACUUCAACGCCGUCCCCCGACGAUCAUUCUUCCAGCUCCUUCGUCACUUUAUUACCGAUGAGUUAGAGAUGGAAAGGCUGGACGAAUUUUGCUCGGAAGAGCUUGCAGAUGAACUGUACGACUACACAACGAAAGUCAAGAGGACGAUAUACGAGGUGAUGACCGAGUUCCGCUCCGCGCGAGUGCCAAGAGAAUAUGUGUUUGACCUGUUCCCGCCGAUGAGGCCGCGGCAGUUCUCGAUAGCUUCCUCCGUGAAGCGGCACCCACAGGAGGUGCACCUGUGCAUUGCUAUCGUGCGAUAUCGAACGAAACUCAAGGUCCCGCGAAAAGGAGUUUGCACGUCGUACCUCGCCAAUCUCCCUGUUGGGUCUUCUAUCCGAAUACGCAUCCAGCGCGGGCUUUUCACGUUGCCCACUGAUAAAUCAACCCCCGUCAUCUGCGUGGGGCCUGGUACCGGGAUUGCGCCAAUGCGGGCGAUCAUCGAGGAGCGGAUCAUGGAGGGCAUUAAGCACAAUACCCUCUACUUUGGCUGCAGAUCUGCAUCGAAAGACCAGCAUUACGGCUCAGAGUGGGUAGCCCAUGCGCAGGAUGAUCAGCUCGUCUACCGAGCGGCGUUCUCGCGUGACGUGCCCGAGGGAGUGAAGCGUCCAUACGUACAGGACUUGCUCGCCCAGGAUAAGGAGAGACUGUGGACGCUCAUAGGCGAGCGGAAGGGGCAGGUGAUCAUCUCAGGGUCCUCGAACAAGAUGCCCGCAGCUGUGCGCACAGUCCUUCGCGAGGUCGCAGAGAGGGGCGGCGAGAUGUCGGCGGAGGAUGCGGCAGAGUAUGUGUCAGUGAUGGAGAGAGACGGUAGGCUGGUUGAGGAGUGCUGGAGUUGAGCGAUAUGUGGUUAUCGCCGUGUUAGGACUUUGAGGAGCCAGAUCUACAACUCGAAGUUUCGGUAUACUGUGUCACACUGUGGUUGUCGACUACUUUCAUGCUGAAGAUGCACUUGAAUCGCAAGGGAAAGCAAAUGAACUCAAAGUAAACGAGGAUAAUUCACAAUCCAUGCCUUUCGCGGGGCAGAGUCAGAU